AUGACGCAACCGAAUACGCCUCCCCAUACUGUCGAUAAAAACGGCAUGAUUCCAACUCUACCUCUGAAAGAUCGAGAAAACAAUGAAAGUCGGGACACUUUAACAACAUCAAAUCAAUUUCCAGAGUUUAGACUGGCAGUAAAUGCAAAUGCCGAGGAAUCGGUUAACAAAAUUGCAAAAGCUUGGCGGAAUCAUCGAUUACGGAGAGAAAAACUCGGCAGAGUUAUAUCUUCCGAAUCUCGAGACAAACUUCAUUCUGAAAAAUUUGUUUGUUUGCAUUUACCUGGUCAUUGCGAUUCAUGCCCAGUUUGGUUAAAAUGGGAGGAGCUAUUAAAUACUAUAGAAAGCCAACUUCAUCGAAAAGAUUCAAAAAUAGCAUCCAAAUUGCAUGUCAUUGAACGUAUUGGAAAAGGAACAAGAAAUGUUAAUGGUCAUAUGUGGCUUUUAUUGGAUACAGAACAUUGGUUAGAAAUUUGUGACUCCAAACACAGAUAUGGUGCGAAUUUAAAGAUUUAUCAUGAUUAUUGGCUUAAAACCCCAACAAAGGAAAAUUUUUUCGAUUGGCUUGACAAAGGUGGUGGCAAAAAUCUUGACCUAAAUGUUCGUCCACGAAAUCAACUUGAAAAUGAGACAGUAAAAUAUUGUUCAAAAACGGAGCGUUUGGAAUACGAAGUCAUCUUCAAAGAUGGGUUAUUAAUUUACAAGAAAAGCGGAAAGCCAGUGAACACACAUGAAUCAGAAGAUUCAACGCCAAGUUUUCCUGCAAACAUUAAACGAAGUGAUGGAGAUGAAGGAGAAAAUAAUCAAUCAUCACUUCAUCGACGUGUCAGUGAAGGAAAAAAUGAAAAAUGGAUUUAUGUGACGGAUUGUAACGGAAAUUUUUUUGUAAGCCGAAAAGUUAAAGGUCAUUUUCACCAUUCUUCCUUUUUAUCUGGGGGUGCUAUUGCUGCUGCUGGUGGAAUCAGAGUUCGAAACGGAAAAUUAAUUGAACUUAAUCCAAAGUCCGGACAUUACAAACCGACACAAUGUCAUUUUGAUUCUCUUAUUGAUAGAUUGAAAAAAGAAGGUGUCGAUUUGAAUGGUACAAAGUUGGUGCACCCAUCUGACAUCAUGGAGAAGCAGCUUUAUACCAAAUACAUCAAACGUAUGCCUGACCUUCAAAAAGUUCAUGAAGAAAUUUUACAAAACAAUAAUCAGGAUGUUGGUGAUUUGGAUAAUCAAAUCACAAAAUUGUCAACGACAUUCAGGAAAAAUAUGAAAUUCUUUUCCCAUGAAAUGAAAGAAUCAUUUAAGGAAUUGUUUCAAAAAAAUAUUAAUUCUCAAGAUGAUAAAGAACGAAUAAAUAAUAACGAAGAAGUUCAGGCAUUAAAUACAAGAAAUGGUGAUUCUCAUAAAAAUGAUAACAUUACCAAUGGACUGCCAAAAAACAAAACUGAUCGUAGUAUAGUUGAAGACGACUCAAGAGAGAAUCAGAAACGAAAAUCUCUUGGGUUCUUUCAUGAGAUCCGAAGAAGUUUUUCUUCAAGCAUUUCGUCACUUUCUUCAUUCUUUUUGGGAGAUGAUAAUAAAACCGAAAACGACUCGAGCACAGAAAAUAGUCGUAAAUCACUCAGAAGUAAUGAAGAUUACCAGCAGCAAAAAUCACGGUUUAUGGACUUUAAAUUUG